AUGCGUUAAGAAUUUCGCCGGUGCUGAAGCGCCGAUCAAAUGCGCAGGCGUCAGGCUGAGGACGUCCCUGAGUUUCACGCAUGCGCGCAGUACACAAGGCUUUGAAAAUGUCGGUUGCAGGUUAAAAAUGAGAAGGAAUUCAUCUCCAGGAAACUCAAACACGACACACCAGUUUUGUUGUCUCUGUCUGGGUAUUUAAGAAGUGGAACAAGGGAUCCAAUUGACCACCCUUCCUGCUCAGACUGUGGGGAGGGAUUCACUCGGUCAUUUGACCAACUUGCACACCUGUAAUUUACACAGGAGAAGGGCCUUUCACCUGCACAGACGGUGGGAAUGGAUUCACUUGGUUAUCACAAUUGAAGGUACAUCAGCAAGUUCACACUGGGCAAGGCCAUUCACCUGUUCUGUGUGUGAGAAGGGGUUCAGUCAGUCAUCCCACCUGUGGACACACCAGUCAGUUCACACUGGGCAGAGGCUGGUCGACUGCUGAGUAUCUGGGAAAGGAUUCACUUAGUCAUCUGAUCUAAUGGCACACCAGUGUGGUCACACUGGGGAGAAGCCAUUCACCUGCUCAGUCUGUGGGAAAGGAUUUACACAGUCAUCUACCCUACUGGUACACCAGCGAGGUCACACUGGGGAGAAGCCGUUCACCUGCUCAGUCUGCGGGAAGGGAUUCAUUCAGUCAUCCUACCUACAGAGACAUCAGCGAGUUCACACUGGGGAGAAGCCUUUCACCUGCUCAGUCUGUGGGAAGGGAUUCACUCAGUUAGCUAACCUACAGAAUCACCUGCGAAUUCACACUGGGGAGAAGCCGUUCACCUGCUCAGUCUGUGGGAAGGGAUUCACUCAGUCAGCUAACCUACAGAAUCACCUGCGAGUUCACACUGGGGAGAAGCCGUUCACCUGCUCAGUCUGUGGGAAGGGAUUCACUGAGUUAUCUAACCUGCUGAGUCACCAGCGAGUUCACACUGAGGAGAAGCCAUUCACCUGCUCAGUCUGUGGGAAGGGAUUCAUUCAGUUAGUUAACCUACAGAAUCACCUGCGAGUUCACACUGGGGAGAAGCCGUUCACCUGCUCAGUCUGUGGGAAGGGAUUCAUUCAGUCAUCCAACCUACAGAGACAUCAGCGAGUUCACACUGGGGAGAAGCCAUUCACCUGCUCAGAAUGUGGGAAGAGAUUCACUGAGUCAUCCACCCUGCUGGUACAUCAGCGAGUUCACACUGGGGAGAGGCCGUUCACCUGCUCAGUCUGUGGGAAGAGAUUCACUAAUUUUUCCAGCCUACAGAGACAUCAGCGAGUUCACACUGGGGAGAGGCCGUUCACCUGCUCAGUCUGUGGGAAGAGAUUCACUGAAUCAUCCACCCUACUGGAUCAUCAGCGAGUUCACACUGGGGAGAGGCCAUUCACCUGCUCAGUCUGUGGGAAGGGAUUCAUUAAGUCAGCUAACCUACGGAAUCACCUGCGAGUUCACACUGGGGAGAGGCCAUUCACCUGCGCAGUCUGUGAGAAAGGAUUCACUGUGUCAUCCACCCUACAGAGACAUCAGCGAGUUCACACUGUGGAGAAGCCGUUCACCUGCUCAGAAUGUGGGAUGGGAUUCACUCAGUUAGCUAACCUACAGAGACAUCAGCAAGUUCACACAGGGGAGAGGCAAUUCACCUGCUCAGAAUGUGGAAGGAGAUUCGCUGACUCUUCUACCCUGCAGAGUCAUCAGCGAGUUCACACUGGGGAGAGGCCAUUCACCUGCUCAGUCUGUGGGAAGAGAUUCACUCAUUUAUCCAGCCGACAGAGACAUCAGCGAGUUCACACUGGGGAGAAGCCAUUCACCUGCUGAGAAUGUGGGAAAGGAUUCACUCAGUCAUCCCAUCUGCUGGGACACCAGUCAGUUAUUAUGAAUCCCUAGGUUUUGUUUGCUGUGGACAUUCAUUUUAAGAGAGAGAGUGAUUAAGAAGGCGAAUCAGUCUGGCUUGCAGCUUGUUUACAUCGCUCACAGCUUGUUUAGUUUUAACCGAGGACACUGACACUCAGAGUCAGACAGAGACAAAGGAGGAAAAAUGGCAAGAAUCGAAACCAGGGAACUAGUGGCCAAGGGUCUCUGUUUGGAACUUUCCUUUGCCCACAAGGGUGGACAAAUUAUUGAUUCACCAUACAUCGAAUGUGUGGUUAUCACCUCAUUUGAUCCAUAGCAGUGGAUCUGAUUUGGAUUUUGAUUUGGAUCUGCGGAGACCACUUAUGUGUUAACCCUUGCCUGGCUGUGGUGUGGUAAUUCAUUUGAAGACAAUACCACUUAUGACAAGUCACUUUGGAUGAUAAUUAGUAUGUGGAUUUGGAAGGAUGACAGAUAAAAUCUACAGCGACCGUUGGUCUCGUUUUACCACCAUGAAACCUGUGGAAUACAACAUAAUUGCCUUCUCUCAACAUUUACCCUGGAUUACAAAUAUCUCUCUCUCAUCACCUGUUCUGUAGUUGAACUGAACUUUCAUACUUUACCAUCUCAAGACUCCAAGCCUUGUUUCCCCCGAGCUCAAUAGUUAGGGAAUUUUAUUUAUACACAUUUAUACACAUAACACUCACGAGGAAAUCUGCAGAUGCUGGAAAUUCAAACCACACACAAAAAAUGCUCGUGGAACACAGCAGGCCAGGCAGUAUCUAUAUGGAGAAGAACUGCUGAUGUUUCAGGCCAAGACCCUUCGUCAGGACUAACUGAAAGGAAAGAUACUAAGAGAUAUGAAAGUAGUGGGGGGAGGGUGACAUGCGAAAUGAUAGGAGAAGACCAGAGGUGGUGGGAUGAAGCUAUGAGCUGGAAAGGUGAUCGGCGAAAGUGAUGCAAAGCCGGAGAUGGGAAAGGAUCAUUGGACAGGAGGCCUCGGGAGAAAGAAAGGUGGGGGGAAGCACCAGAGAGACAUGGAAAACACGCAAACAAUUGAAUAUGUCAGUGAUGGGGUGAGAAGGGGAAGAGGGGCAUUAACGGAAGUUAGAGAAGUCAAUGUUCAUCCCAUCAGGUUGGAGGCUACCCAGCCGGUAUAUAAGGUGUUGUUCCUCCAACCUGAGUUUGGAUUAAUUUUGACAGGAGAGGAGGCCAUGGAUAGACAUAUCAGAAUGGGAAUGGGACGUGGAAUUAAAAUGUGUGGCUACUGGGAGUAGUCUGAUGCUGCUGGUUCGUUUCUAAAGCGUUAGGGUUUGUAACAAAAUGGGGCCUGCAUCUGGGAUAUGAACAAAUUUAGGGAUUGAUUUCAUAUCAAUUUGAUUGGGGAAAUCCCUUUUGAUUUAUUUGUGUGUGGAAAAUUAGCAGCAAUGGAUGUUGAUAAAUAUCUGGAAGUGUGAACCUCUCAGGCAUUAGAGGACACCAGAAGGAUUGAGUUGUUGAGUAUUGCUAAAACGUUAAUACUUGCUAAGGUGAAAUUGACAAUGAGGAUUGCACAGAUGCAGAGGAUAAUAGCUGAACAUUAUGUAUCUGAGCAUGUGUUUAAAGUGGAGGAGGAGUUUCCUGAAAGUAAACCGAGUGAGCUUGAGAUCCAGUACAAGUUAGAACAAUUAAAGAUGGAAGCUCCGGAAAGGCAGAGACAGUUUCAGGCUGGAGAGGCAGAAAAGCAGAAAGAAAAUUCUCUUACAAAGUCUAAUUAAGGGAAAGACUUAGUAAGCCUAUUCUGCUUUGACAGUUGCUGAAGCAGCUUAUUAUUUAUUUAUUUAUGCUGCCUCAAUCAUUGCCACUGGGCUAUAAAUGUGCAGGA